AUGGGACUGAGCCAGUCGACUGAGUAUGGGGGCCAGACGUCCUCUUCAGAGAAAAGCAACCCUGUCUCUGACAAGACCUUAGAGGAGCUGAGCUACGUGCUUGCUGAACGGUUUGCAACUAAAUGCUUCACUCCCUUGGAGUUGACUCAUCUCAAAGACAACUUCUUUUCGCGUGCCAUUGACCAAGGCGGCUUGAAGUACUGGAAUGAGAAGACACUCUCGGAUUUUCUAGGGAUUCCGGAUAGCAGUGAAUCCCACUGUCCUCUGGAUGCGGGCCCGGUGAUCUUCCGUAUGGUCUCGUACCUUGGGGCAUUUCCCUUCCAGAACACGCUAGCUCCGAGUGUUCUAACGUUCGAAGCUAUGGUGAAAGUCGUUGUUUUGCUGACUGAGCGAUACGGGAAAGUCCUAAGACGAGCGCGCAGGGAUAGGAUACGGCUUCUUUUCGGAAGCCUUGCUGAUGUUGGAAGGAAGAGUGUUGAACAGCACACUAAUGGCGAUGAAGUGAGCGAGGAUGCUGAUGCACCUGCGCCGAACUCUCAUGUCCCAGGCUUUGCCAUCGAUGAGCCGGCCAACGAUGAUUAUGAGGACGAGGAGGACGAUGAUCUAGCAUUAGCUGCUUUGGAAUCCUUGGAUGCCAUUGAGGUCUUCAAGCACGAUUCACGUAUGGACAGGGCUGUCUACGAAGCUCGGAUAUCUGCCGAUACGCUCCGUCGACUCUUGAUGCUUCUAAUAGUCAUCUCGCCCUUAAAGCCCCUUGAGCCCGUAAAAAUUUACACAUCCGAUUUAACUGAAGAGCGCAUGAAAGCAGUCCGGUCAGAAGCUGAUGACAUCAUGGCAGCAUUCAACCGUGAGCCUUCUGGUGGGAUAAGCUAUAAGGAAUUUGCUCGGAUUGUGACAUCUUCGUUUCCGUAUCUUUUCGAUCCUCUGACACCGCUGUUCGAACAUCUCCUCUUCAGCAGAAAUCUGAACCUAUCCCAAAAACGCAACAGGGCUGAUUCUACGGCAUCGGAGCCUGUCGAAGAAGAAGCCCCAGAAGAUGAUCUACCUUCACCUCCAACGAUUACGCUUCCGGGUAGCUUUGAAUCAGUGAUACUUAACUCGAGCGUCAUAUCGCAUCUGUCCUUCUUCCUUCCGUCAUCCUCGGAAAGCCUAAACUUCCUCCGCGGCAAUGUGCGCCUGCAUCCAGUCUUCUCAACAGUCGCGCAUGGCUCCUCUUUGACCUCCUUCUCGCACCACGUGCUCACCUGGUCCUCAGGCACUCUACUCGUGCUCGAGGGAACUGACCCAACCGGCGAAAUGUUAACCAUCGGCGCCUACCUACCACAACCAUGGAAAUCACCAAAUUCCACCCAGUCCAGCUCCAAAUUCUCCAAUUCCGUUCUCCCAUGUCUCUUCCAGCUCUCACCGAAACACCUACUCCUUCAAGGGAACCCCUCCUCAACCAUCCAACAACAAUCAAACAUCCCGGCCGCAUACUUCUCCACCAGCUCGGGAAUCUCAAUAGGUUGCCAGAUUCCCCCUUCAUCGCGCAGCAAUCAAAAGCCCCCCACUCCGCACGGCGCAGGCAGCUUGACCAUCGACGUUAGCCUCGAGACUGCCCAAUUCCACGUCUCCCCCGUCGUCCGCAACGGCGUCUUCCUGCCCCCACCCCCAGGCUCUACUCCAGACACUACCGUCAAAACCACCAUCGAGAUUUAUAACUUAGAAGUAUGGGGUCUCGUUCCCGACCCUACAACCACGUCCGCAGAGGGCGGCAAAAGUGCCGUUGAACUUCAACAGGCGAAAUGGGACUUUGAAGCUCAGGAGGCUGAACGGAGACGCAGUGUGAAUCUGAAGACUGGAGGCAGUGCCGCGGAGGAAAGCGCCAGAUGGUUAUUGGAAACCGCCGGGUUGAUCGGGGAUGGUGCAGGGCGACGUGCCGGCGGGAGUGUCUGA